AUGAGUUCUGGAGUUUCAAGCGGUCUAGACUCUUCAGAUAACAGCGAAGUGUCCUUGAACGGAGCUCGCAAUGGACCUUCAGGUGGCCUUUCUGGAAUUCCAGGCUGGACCAAGGACGUAUAUAGCCAACAAUAUAUGGGUCUGCCAUUCCUCAGUAACUACGUUUCUGUGAUGCGAAACGAGCUGAUGGACAUUCCUGCGGAGCGGCGCAAAGCAGAAAACGAGCGAACACUGAUGGCGUACUACUCAUCAAAGGUUCAUACUUCACGCCACGGCAGCGUCGUCAGCGGCUUCUCUAACCCAUCUAUUUCAAGCGACAGUUCUAGAAAAAGUGCGCGCAUGAAACACGCCAUGAAGUCUUCGGAUCGAGUCUUCAGCGAGCACAGAACACCACUUCGCGGCGCCAGUGACGAGUCGAAAUACACACCCGAGGUAUUUUCUAAAGGCUAUGUGAACUACUGUUCAAAACUGCCUAUUCCUACUCUCGAAAAUACGGAGCAAAUACGAAGUCAUAAUAUGUGGAUUCCGAUCAUGAAACGGGGCAUUGCAGCGAAAAACCCAAAACACGAAGGUCUUUCUUUACUACAAAACCCCAGUGAGACAACUUCUAAAUUGUCGCGUUUCAAUACAGAUUUUUCAAUUAGUCGUGAAGAAGAUGCUAUUGAUAAAAACAUAUUUGUGGGGUCAACAAACAUACCUCCUCUCUUUGGAGAAAUAAAACUACCGCCAUUUGCUUACCAGUGUACUGUAGACCUCGGAGAUAGUAUUUACACGCUAGGUGGACUCACGCCGUCAUAUUAUUACUCCGACGAGAUACCUGAUCUGAACAGCUAUUAUGUCGACGGUGUUCCCAAUCUACCUCCGCCUUUACUGGAAAGUAUUGUCAAUAACCCUAGCAUGGUAAACAAUCAUGACCUUUACGUCCUAUCUUCCAGCUCCUUCAGGGUUCAAAAGCCCACAAUGACAGGCCAAAUUCCGCCUCCUCUUUUAUGUAUGACAGGAUCUGCUCUUACCAAGCGGCACAUUUUUUUCUACGGGGGCUUCGAGAUUAAAACUGAGACUAUGAUUGAUGAGAGUACAGGUAACUUUUACCUGAAGAAAAGUGCAUGUCUCAGUAAUCGGGCAUACAUCUUAGACGUGAUUACCUUUAAGUUUACGAAAGUUGAGCUGGUUGCGCAACCGACAAAAUUUAAUACAUGUCCGAACAUUGAGUCAAGAUUCGGACAUUCGCAGGUCUCUCUGAAGGCUAAUAAUUCCCUCAAAUGUGCUGUUUGCUCUGCCGCUUCCAAUUCAGAAAUUAAAUCCGACAUUCAUAAGCGGGAAACUGAACUACUGUCAUCUCCUCUUUCGCAACCACUGGAUAUGAGGUCGCAGUCUGAAAGCUCUUUUUUUACGGAGAGGAACGUACAAAAUAAAUUCUCUAGCUCAGUCAACUCGAGGGUUCACACAAUAUUGGUUAUUGGUGGUUAUCGACAGGUACGAUGCGAUGAUUACGAAACGCUUAAUGAUUUAUGGAAGAUUGAAGUAACCGUACUGGCGCGAGGAAAGAGAAACUACUUUAAAUUUGCAGACACAGCGUUAGCGACCCCGUUUUCCAAGCUACCAGUUGAUACUGAGGGCGAAACAUGGCCUGCUCGGAGAGCUUUUCAUGCGUGUGAAAUCUAUGAUACCGAACUGCUGAGAAGACAGUCUUCCGAAACGAAAUUGCUUGAGAACCUGAAAGCAAAUUUUCAUAUUGAGCCAGAGCAUAUGCCGCCAGUGAACCCAAAGGAAAAACCGCAGUCUGUAAAAAAUCGGUCCGAGGCUUGUGAGCAAUACCAGCACCUGCACCAUGUGUUAAAUGAUCAGCAUUCUGUUCCUACUUGGCAAAAUCAAAAAUAUAAUUCUGGAGGUCGAGGCGUGGGACAAACCUUAGUUGUACAUGGGGGUUCUGAUAAAACUUUUGUUUAUGGCGAUUUGUGGUGGUUUGAUCUCGAAACUGAGGUGUGGACUCGAGUAGAAACUUACCAAAGCGGACAGCGCCGAAGAAAAGAAAACCAAGGUAUUGAUUUGACGCUAGUAGGUCAUAAAAUGGUGCAGGCUUCUUCAAAUGCUAUUUUUUUGGGCGGCUUUACGCAAAAAGACGUGGAAGAACACUGGCAAAUAAAAAAUACUGGCCACUUCAAGAGAUUCGGCACUCUAACGUCAUUCCCUGCGAGUUUACAUCUCUUAGAUUUAAACUCUUUGGAAUUUGAAAUACUUUGCGUUGGUGAAGAGCACCAACAAGAGAGAGAAGAUGGUGUAACUUUGAAAUUAUCUGACGCCUUGCGAUUAAUUUCCACAUGUCCGGUUCAAAAGAACGGCUUUUUGCAUCUUGUAGGUGGGUUUUUGUGCAAUUCUAGAGAUGUGAGGGAAAUUCAACUGCGGGGGACCUUCACUACCUGCAUACUACCGGUCAUUACCACACCCAAAAUCAGUUUAACGUGA